AUUCGCCGUCGAACAUAAGGCUCGUCAUGUAAGGAGCUCAUUUUGUCCUCUGAUGUCUUUCAGACAAGGCGCUUGUGUAGUGAGUGCCAGCGAAGACAUGGCAGUUUAUUUCUUCGAUGUUGAGCGCGCCGAAAAGCCUUGUGUGAAUAAACUGUUAGGUCACUCGGCACCAGUCCUUGAUGUCUGUUGGAACUAUGAUGAGAGUCUGCUGGCAUCCUGUGAUACUGAGGGAACUGUGAUAGUGUGGAAGCGAGAGCAGCGGGAAAAGCACCUCCCGUGAAACACUAAUGGAAAAUGUUGGUGGGAAAAAGCUAUUAAUACUUAAAACAAUGAAUUGUAAAAUUAUUGAUAUCAGUCUUAGAUAGGAAAAUAUCUACAUGUGAUUGAUUUAGGAUAGUUUGUUGUAAUGAUUAACUAAGACAACGGAUUCUGCUACUUUAAUUUGUCGUGAAAGGUUAAUCGGUCAUAUAUUAAACUCUCUAGAAACCUUUUUUAUACUUUGUGGUCGAUUCUAUAUGUGAAUUUUUCUGACCACUGUUUGUUGUUAUCGCUUCUUAAUUUAGUCCUUUGAUUCUCGUCCUAUAUACCCCGCAUGUAAUAGGUCCUUCAAGUUGGGCGUAUUAUAACCAUAAAAUUCAUAACUUUAUCUUCAAACUUCGCAAACUUCUUUUGCUUUUCGCCGCAAAACGUUUCAUAAGGGGAGAAAAAUACAAAACAGUCAUAUCUUGUACCUAGAAACAAUCCAGCACUAGUUUUGGGCUCUUUUGCGUAUAAAUACGGUAAUUGCCGGUAUGUACGUGAUAUAUUCAUUUGCAUUAUUUACGAGUUAGCUGUGAUGGAGUUGAUUUUUUUCUUUGUUGGAGUAAUUGUGAAGAAUCUUUAAGGAUUUGAGGAAUUUCAAAACGCGAUUGCUUUCAAGAUGUUUAAGAACUUCUCCCGUCAUUCGAUUUUGAGAGAAAAAAAGAAAAUUCCUAAACCUGUGGUAAUUUUCAAUCGUCAAUUCAAGCUUGUUCAAUGUUCGCUCAUAUAGAAAUUUGACGGUCAUCAUUCAAAGAUCAUAUGACUGGCUUCCAAAGGGGAAAAAUGAAUUAAAAGCAACGCCAGAAAAGAAAAAGAAAAGGUGUCUUUUUAUUUUACCAAGGUUAACGACAAAGUCUGUAGAGCGGAGUAAAAACUGUGUUUUAAAGAACAUUUUCAUUGUCCGUUGAUUGCAUUCAUUUUAAUUAAAACCUUUAUUCUUUUCCCUUGUAUCUCAUGUUCACCCCCAACCAUAUCCCAUCAUGUGCUAAAAGGAUGUUUUAACUAAUUUUCUUGAUUUCUUAAAAAACAACUUUUUAGUAUUCAGUGUUCUCCUUUUUUUACCACUUUCAGUACAUGUACCUCUCAUCACUUCCUAAAAUCGCUUGGAAUUGUUGAAAGUUCAACAGUUCAAGGGAUUGCUUCACCAGUUUGAAAAUGUCUUUUACUUGUCGUGCUUGAAAUAGUACGCGUAGAACAAUGAGCGCGCAAUAUGCAGCUAAAAGGAAAACAUAAUGCGUAUAAUACUUUGUUAGAAAAGGUUGGUUCUAUUCUUUAGUCCUCCACAAUAAUUGAUUCACCGUGUAGUUCCUACUGUAUCUGUGUACCGUUUAUAAAAAUUUCAUGAGAAGACAGCAGAUACUAGGCAUUAGCUUUCCCACGGAAGCUUAUAACUGUUGAAACUUGCGUGAGUGCCGCUCAGUCUCUGGUGAAGAUGUUAGGAGAGAGACACGAAAACACUGCAGUAUGAGUACAAAGUGGCGACAGUUCGCAUCAAAUACAACAGUGCACGGUCUCCGCUAUGUGUACGAAAGCCCUUCCAGAGUUAUCCGCAGUGUGUGGUUGAUUCUACUGUUAAUAUCAAUAGCGUGUUAUCUGUUCUUUGCACAACAGAGUAUAGCCCGCUACUUUUCCCGUCCAAUAAACGUCGAAUACACUGAGGUUGUUCCGGAAAGUGGAAACCUAAUUUUCCCUGCCAUAACAAUUUGUAAUUUAAACCGUUUCGUCAAAAGGAAAAUCUACACGCCUGACGACGAGAAAGACUUCCACAAAUUGGGUCUAAAUCUCCCUUCUUGCGCAGCCGUAAAGAAGGUCAUCACAAACAUGACUUGCGGACAAGCCUUACUGUGUGCCUACGAAAGGUACGGAGGAGAGGUUGUAGAGAACUGCAACAAAACCAAGCAUCGAAUUGUUGAUGUUCUGAACAGCACUAAGGAGCCAAUAUUUGACCCGGAAAAGUUCUUGGGAGCUUACGGUCAUGAAUUUGAAGAAAUGUUUACGUACUACUGUACCUUUGCAACGAAGGAGGAGUGUAAGUCAUCAGAUUUUUUUCCUAAUUUGAUCCAAGGUGGCCGCUGCUUCACCUUUAAUUCUGGGGAAAACGGAACAAUAGUCCGUAACACAAGUAUCGAAGGAUCUUCUGGCGGCCUUGCUGUCGUUUUGGACGUUCAAAUGGAUGAAGUUACUAUCAGUGAAUUUUCUCGAGGGUUGAGAGUGAUUAUUCACGAGCAAGGAGAGUAUUUAAGCAUGGACACUCAUGGAUUCAACGUUUUUCCUGGUUCGCAUGCUUUGGUCCGUAUGACCUCCGUACAUGGACAUCGUCUCAAAUCUCCAUACAAAUCCAACUGCACAGAGCGAGUACUUCCUGGAAUACCACACUACAGUAGCGAGGCCUGCAUCACACAGUGUUUUGCCAACAAGACUGUGGAAAUAUGCGGAUGUAGGCUGGCUGGAGUACCACUUGCUUUAAAGGCCCCAGUCUGCACGUUUCAACACCAGUACUGUUUGGACAAGACAAGAGAGUCAUUCAAUCCGUAUCAUUGUUUCUGCGGGUUGCCUUGCCAAGCAGUUGGUUACAGGUUCCAAGUGUCUAACUCUGAAUUCCCGGAUCAAGGUGCUGCAAAAAUACUUCAUGAACGAUAUGGCUUUAACAAAAGCAUGGAAUAUCAGAGGAGAAACCUGGUUUUCCUUCAAAUUGGGUUCCAGUACCAGGGGUAUACAGUCGUGAAGGAAAGAGCAAGUUAUGGGAUUGAGAGCCUCUUAGGUGAUCUUGGAGGCAACAUGGGACUAUUUUUGGGCUGCAGCAUAUUGACAUUGUUUGAGUUUGGAGACUUGUUGUGGAAAAUCUUGAAGUUCAAAGAGAAUCAAGUUCAAAAAAUAGACUCUCUAGGAAGGGCCAAAUCUGGAACAGAAUAAAAAGAGAAUGUUUUGACCAAGAAUUUCAUAUAGCGUAGUUACUAUUUUAAAGCACUUCAUGAUACAAGCACUUUGAAAGUGGUUUCCUUGUCAUUUGGCCGUCUCAGUGAUUGUUGUAUGUUUGAAGAUUAUUUUCUAAUGAUUACUCGAAUGUAUUAUUCACACAGAUGAAUUCGAAAAGUCUUACACCAUAAUUUUUGUCUGUAGUAAGGCUUUUGUCUCAGUCACAAGGGACUAAGAUCCAAAAUAUCACGGCCGGUUAGCACAAACAGAAUACAGCGAUUACUUAAUUCAGUCCAGACCCAUGUUCGUGCCAUAAACUUUUGUAUACCACAAGGGUAUAAUCGUUGUAUUCUACUGGUGGUAAGCUAUGUCAACGUGGUUGUGCAUGCGCUGAUUGUGAAAGGUUCCUUACGCACUGUAUGAUGUGUAGAUUGCGGCUUUAUGGAAAAAAAAAAAAAA